AUGGAGAUCAGUGACAGAAGUGCAUUCCCAAAAGUACUGAAGACAGGAGAUAUGAUGACAUUCAAGUUUACAUCCACGAAUGGUGGUUAUGUAAAAGUUCGCAACAUAGAAACGAAUGAGCUGAGAACCGAGUUCUACCAAAGCAACAGCCAGGACGUCAGCGUCAGCAUAGGAUAUGAUUUGGUUAAACCCUACCAUUGCAGUGAAGUUGAGGGCUGCAGUGACAGUUUACUAACAGUGCCUAAAACAACAUUUGAGACUGUAGUUGAACUGGAAUGGGAUGGAUGGAAGGAUGACACAGCUAAACUACAUCAUUAUGUCAUCUCAGCUUUUGAAAUGGAGUACAGUAGCCACGAAGGCGGUGUCAGAGUGAAGAACCAAGUUGCUAGUAAAGACUUCAAUGACUCGUUGAAUGCUGGUAACAUUACUUUGCCGGGCACUGGAUUGUACUCUGUAGAAAUCACUGCCUAUGACAAGGCAGGAAAUAGUAGAUCAGGCAGAAGGCUAGUCAUCUCAGAUGAAGAGUCCAAGGUAGAGACGACUGCCAAUUCUGUCUUACGUGUGACAUCAGCUGCUGAGGCAUCUUCAUGGGAGUGGCAGUGGACAUCAGACACGGUCAAUAUCGACUGGGAAAAUCACUACAUCAAUACGCUUCACCAUGGUAACAAGUGGCUUGAGGCAGCAAUACCAGUGUCAAACGUUGAUACUGUGUAUGAUGACAAUGACUUUUCUAGAGGAGUAAAACACGUUCCCAAUGUGCAAGCCAUUGUGGAUUACCGAGUAAGCUUCCAAGUAGACCAUGCAGGAGGAAAUACAAUCCCAGAGCACCUGAAUGACUCAGACUUUAGUAGCCUCUACCUGAACCAGUCUCACACAAUCUCGCCAAUUCUGGUCGACGGUGACUCUCUCCGCUACUGGAUCCGGGCUUAUGACGUAAGGGAGGAGUAUCUGGAGGAGACAGUGACGGUUCACAUUGACACAUCGCCUCCCAUCAUAGAAAAUCUGUGGCUGACACGAGGUGACAGACUCAAUGUCAGCGUACACAAGAUUGAGGAGCUGAGCACUAUGACCAUAGAGUGGGAGAGUUAUGACGACCACAGCGGGCUUGAGAAAGUGUCAUGGCGAGUGUUUGACAACCAGACGGGCCAGGAGAUCAUUCAUGGGAAGGCGCAUCUCCCUCCAAAUGGAGCAGCAGAGGAUGAAGCAUCAUGCAGGACACAGUACGGUCACUCCCCCCGGGGAUCAAAUUGCUACUGUACCCCAGGGGUUGGAUGUUACCACAGACACUUCCAGGUCAAACCGAGUGUAAUUGAUGACAAUGCAGAUCAUGGUGGGAUCUUCCACAGCAAAGACAGAGGUGUUCAUGACUCGGAUUACUUUUUGGAAGUGACAGUGAUGAACCACGCCAAGCUCACUACCACGUUACACUUAAAGAUAACCAUCGACUCAAGUCCCCCUCACCCUGGUGCUGUCCACGAUGGUCUGACUGGGCAUUCUGAAGUAGACUACCACGGCACCACAGAUCUUCAUGCCCACUGGGUUGGAUUCUUUGACAGAGAAAGUGGCGUAAAGUUUUAUCAGUAUGGAUUUGCAGGCCAGUGUCUAGAUGCCACAGACUUUGGCAUUGAUCUGUCAUCCCACAAUGUGACCGAAACGUCCUCCACUCACGCCUCCUGGACAGCCCCUUCUGGAGGCAGGUUCUUUAUCACAGUCGUAGCCUUCAACCGAGCUCUGGAGCCAUCUCUUCCUGUUUGUUCUGAUGGAGUAACUGUGGACCAGACAUCGCCGUCACUUUCACAGAUUGCUGUCCUCAACGCCCGCACUACUGAAGGUCUGGUGACGAAUGGCGAGGAAGUGUGGCUCGUCACUGCAGACAGGAGGAGGAGUCAAAUUGAAGACCCGGAUGCAACGUGCGGGCAGAUGGGCGCAUUCAUCACAAAUGAAGAUCUCAAUGUAUUACCUCUUCUGAAGGAUGAUAAAGAGGAGCGUGUAUUGUUGCCACAUUCAAUCUGUUUGAAAUGUUCAAGAUUCGCUAUGCAAUCUACAAAAGCAAUGUACAUUUUGAAGGAACAUCAUUUGUAUGUGAAUUGGACAAGCAGCGACGCUGAGAGUGGUAUCUAUGACUACGAACUUGGACUGAUGUCCGAUCCAUCAAGUGAAGCUGCUCCAGACGUCCUUCCUUACACAUCAACGCAUCAUCAUCCUCACUAUGAAGGCUUCCAUCCACAUCUCAGUGAAGGACAGCAGUUUCAUAUAGCAGUCAAAGCCACGAACAAAGCAGGAAUCGUCACAUCGCUGAUUCUUGGCCCUGUUGUCGUCCACACACAGCCGCCAGUGUUCCAGCCUCCAGUGGCUGUAAGCCUAAAGGAGCAAUCAAUUGUUGCGGAAUGGGGUGACGGCGCCUUUACAGACACAAAGCAAGAUUAUCUUCAUUACAGUUUUGCAAUUGGUUCUUCCCCCGGUGGUUCCGACAUCAUCCCCUUCCUCCCUCUCCAGUCUGGAGGAGGCUGUUCCGUUUCAACGCCACCAUCAUGUACAGCUGUAGCCACCCGCGAUCUUCAAUGGGAUCUGCAUCACGGCCACACGUACUAUGUGUCAGUGAAAGUGACAAACAUUGUCGGACUGUGGACAGUAGGUGUAUCAGAACCUUAUGUCCACAACGUCAGACUACCUUCCCUUGGAGUGAUUCUUGAUGUCAGUCCACAGGAGGAACAGUCCCUUCUUGGCAUCAGUAAAUUUGAAGACACGGAUCUCCAAUUAUCUACUUCCACUCUCGCCACCAGGUGGUAUGGGUUUGACGAUGGGCUUAGUGGCGUGACGUAUAAAGUCUGUGUUGGCAGUUCUCCUGGACAACAAGAUAUAGCAGCUUAUGAAGAUGCUGGUGGAUCAUUGUCACAUCGAUUUACAAAUUUAACCCUUAACAUUAACCAGAUGUACUUUUCAACUGUUGUUGGGAUAAACGAUGCUGGUGAAACCCGACAGUCAUCGGAUGGUGUGACAGUUAUUCGACAGGGCUUGGAUCUGAACACAAUGACCGUUAAAGAUGGAGAGGCAUGUGAGCAGGGAACUAACUCCACCUUCGGGGAUGACCUGGACUACCAACUGUCUUCCUCCACAUACGCUGCCCACUGGUCAACAGAUGCGAGACUCCAACAGUUGUACUCGGAUGUACAUUUCAGCCUAGAAAAGAAACUCCUAUCGUCAGAUCAGGUUUGGGCUAAGGUCACAAAGUAUGAGAACAUUGGUCCAACUGAAACAGUGACUAUUGGAGGACUGCACCUCGAGCCGGGCCAGACCUACAGAGCAGUUGUGAAACUUUGUGCUGCCCACGUUUGCUCUGAACCCGUCGCCAGCAAUGGUGUGAUAGUCACGCCCCAUCAACCUGUAGUAGGAAACAUCAAUAUCACUUACACCGAGGGCACAUCAAGGGCACAGUUACAUGUAGAAAUGGAUCGAUUCCGUGAUGGUGAUAUUCCGGUGAUAUCAGAGUCGUAUGAUGCGGUGGCGAUGUAUGACUGGAGUCUGACAGAUGAUGGUCAUGGCAGGAGUCUGCUGACCGAGUGGACACCUGUGGACGAUUUGAUCCCUGGCGAUGAAAAGGUUUCAUUCACUAUAGAACUGGCUAAACAUCUGAUGUUCAGUAAAUGCAGACGUUUGUCAGUGAGAGGUUUCAACAAAGUGGGGACACAUACGAUACUAUCAAAAGAUAUUAGAGAUUGCAGUUCAAGGGAGCCGAACAAUGUAAUACCAGCAAUCGUCAUCGACGCUGCAGGACAGACGGACGAUAAUGGAUUAACCAGUGGCAUAACCCUAGAAGAAAAUGACGUGUGGCAAAGGGUAGAUCUUGAUUAUACUCCCUACAAGAAUAUGUUGUCUGCUGUGUGGCCAAGUUUACGUCACAGGAAGUACAAGUGGGCAGUGAUCGCAGGUGACAAGAUGGACAACACAUCUCACUUCAAACAGGGGAGACGCAUGACUAACACUGACCCAUGUGCAAUGGCCGAUGUUGUCAAGUGUGGAGAAACAGAUGAGGAGUAUGUGAAUGUGAAAUUCGACGAAACAGAGACAUUAAGACAUGGGAAGAGAUUCUACAUCUGUAUCCAUGCUUUUGAAAUUGAUAGACAGUUUGAAAAAUGGAACAAGACACUGCAUGACGUAAGUGCCUGUAGUGAUGGCAUUACUGUGGAUCUCACCCCACCAACUCCAGGAACCAUAAAUAUUGAAGGUCUACAGGGAGGGACCUUUCAGGUGAGCCAGACUGAGGUGACUGUGUCUUGGGAUAGCUUUACAGACGUUGAGGAAUCGGGAAGCACAUCCCACCCACGUGGCAUAUCACACUACGAACUUGCACUAGGUUCAAUCUCUGGUGGCGAGGACAUCCGAUCAUUCCAGGAUGUGGGUCAGGUCAAUCAUAUCAUCCUUGCAGACCUCUCUUUACAAGAUGGACAUGCUGUUUAUGCUACAGUUAGAGCCAAAGACUUUGUGAACUUCACCACCCAGGUCACAUCAACUGCUUUCAUCAUAGACUCUUCCCCUCCUGUGAACACAGGCAGGAACAUACAGAUGGAUGACAGAUACAUCACACGUCCUAGUGUAUCGCUGUGCUGGGAGGGUGUCUUCAUUGACCCUCACAGCGGCAUCGGACUGUAUGAACUGUCACUCGGGUCGAGGCCUGGACGAGGGGAUCAUAUUCAGCAGCUGAUAUCGGAAGGAACCUGUCACAUCUUUGAUCUUUCAUCAAAAUUAAAUGACGGCUACUCCAUUUAUCUAACAAUUAAAGCCUUCAAUGGAGUUGGACUUUCCACCGUGGCUAUAUCUCGCGCUAUGCUUGUGGACACAACUCCCCCGACUUUAGGCCUCGUGUUUGAUGGAACACGCCCACUUGCAGCACCGGUGAGGAUGGACCGUGAUUAUGUGACACGUAUAGGGGACAUGGGGGCGCACUGGGAAGGCUUCUGCGACCCGCAUUCAAGUAUAGCUCACUACCGUAUCAAGGUCGGAACCUGUUCAAGCUGUGAGGACACAAUGGCAGAAUAUGAAGCGGGAACAAGAGAAGAUGCAGAGUUCCAUCUGCAACAUCUCGCCGGGUUUGCAGAGGGUAUCAAGUAUCACGUGACAGUGACAGCAUGCAACAAGGCGGGACUGUGCAGCAGUGCAACAUCUGAUGGUGUCAUCCUGGAUCAAAGUCCUCCUGUCCCUGGCAGCGUCAUGGACGGCACACUCGACCGAGACUCCCAGUACCAGGCAUCCAGAACGUUCCUGGGCUGCAAAUGGCACGGGUUCCAGGACGCACAAUCUGGUCUGGACUUCUAUGAAUGGCGGCUUGGGACAACACCUGGAGGUGAUGACAUUCUCACACCCCGAUAUGCUGCCCUAGAAGAGGUUGCUUUCCUCACAUUAACAAAUACAACAACGAUGCCAACUGGUCGUGAGAUGUUUUGUACAGUGAGGGUCUACGAUAAAGCAGGAUUAUUCUCAGAGUCUACAUCGAAUGGCUUCAUAAUUGAUGACAGCGCGCCUGAGGUGGUGAAGAUCCCAGGCAUUGAGGGGGGACAGGGAUCCUUGGUUGCCAUGACGCUGAUAAGUCGGUCUACUGUGAGGGUCAGCUGGGAGGUGAAGGACGAGGAGUCUUUCAUAGAGAGACAGUACAUCUCCAUCUCCUCUCAUCAGUUCGGGGAGUUUGAUGCCUCCCUUAAGGCGCUCCCUGGGUUGCUGAGGGAGUUUACCUAUUCCCAAAUUAACCUCCACGAUGGUAGUCGAUAUCGGAUCAAGGUAUCUUCUUGCAAUAUGGCAGGCCUCUGUUCUACCUCUGACACUGGAGAAAUCCUGCUGGAUGGGUCAAUACCUACAACAGGUGCCCUGGCGGUGGAGACGAACCACGCCGCACGACUAACAAGACACCACUCCAAUUAUAUGACGUGGACACCAACAAGUCUUUGUCUCGCCUGGCUAGGUUUUGCAGAUCUUCAUUCUGGUAUAGAUCAUUACAGAGUCACAGUCGGAUCUAAACCUUUUACAGCUGACUUCUUAUUGACCAAGAACCCCCUGACCUUCAGUCACAACACUACCGGCCCCGAUAAGGAGGACGAGGGCGUGGUCCAGUUAAUCACUGCUGAUACCAAAGAUAUGUCAUCAAGAACGUCUGUAUUUGUGACAAUAUGGGCAGUCAACAGUGUUGGUCUGAGGAGCAGUCCCCUCCACUCUGAGCUGGUUCUGGGCGGGGGAGGGAAGCUGGAGUUGGUGAGACGAUGCGGCUCAUACAGCUGUGAGGGACACUGUGUCUGUGCUGUACAAGACAAGAAGUGUGGCACCAGUCAAGGGUGUACAGUGUUGAAGAAUGGUGGCAAACACGCGGUUGUAACGCUGAGGGAUAUCCUGGAUCUGAGGAAUGUGGACGGUGUUGGAAUCACUGAUGAUGACAAUAAAGACUGCGAUUUCUCUACAUCUGACACCUUCCUUUCUGCUACGUGGGCGGUGACAACCAACCAAGGCCUCCUUCCUGUAAGGUACGAUUACAGUGUGGGCAGGAGUAAUCAGGACUCUCCCAAAGGAGUAUUCAACGGAGCCAGCGAGAGAGUUUGGUUUGAUGCUGGAGUCACACAGUUUGCAGUCGUGCCACUCACAAACGGGAAGGUAUUGACAUCAGGACUCAGCUACAGCGUCUUUGUCCGGGCUUGGUACGAUGACAACACGUACAGCAUCUUCAAGUCAGAUGGCGUUCUCGUUGACAAUAACGGGCCUACCACGACAGACAAGAUUGGAAAUGCGGUAAAAGAGCACAGGGAAAUAAAAGACAGUAAAGACAUAGACUAUCAGUCCUCCAACACCAGCAUCUGCAUCAGCUGGGCCAACAAGUUCCUCCAGGGGCAGAGUGGACACCUCAAAUACAGGCUCUUUAUUAGCACAUCUCCAGGAGGUCACAGUAUUCAUGGCUCAACGGACGUGACAGAGACGAGAUACACAGCAGCUGAGUUGAUUCUAGAACCCAACACUGUCUACUUCUCCAAUGUGAUGGUCUACAACAAGGCGGGGUUAGUGUCCUGGUCUCAUUCAGAUGGGGUACAGCCUGAUGUAAAACCUCCAGUAUCUGGACAUGUUCAGGAUGGCGACGGGCUCCACGACAUUGACUUCCAGUCCUCCCCAAAAGAUAUCUCUUCCUCCUGGUUUGGCUUCUCUGACACAGAUUCAACAAUCAUCAAGUAUUUCUGGUGUGUUGGUGCAACCAAUGACACAUCCGACUGCAGCAUUGUGGACUGGCAGGAUGUGGGGCUCCAUACAUCAGCCAGAACAAGCCUAGAUUCACCAAUUGCUGAUGACACAUCCAUCUGGACCAAGGUGUAUGCUGUCGAUGUUGUUGGUCACACAUCAAGAGUGGUUGUAUCUGAUGGUGUAGUAGUUGAUACGUCCCCACCCACAGUUAUGGACGUUGCAUAUCUUGGGGACAACAUGGUUUUAAACCCGUCCUUUGAAGAAGUCAUUGGAACUAAUUUGUCUGAUACUGUUUGUUCCCCACUGCUAUCGUGGAAGGCCGGGCCAAACUCCUGUAUACGAACACUGACACCAGACGCCCCUAAUGCCAAACACGGGAGAACGUUAGUUGCUGUAAGUGGUAGAAUACAGCAGAAUAUUACUGGGCUUGCAGUUGGGAGAAAAUACAAAGUAACUGUUCAUGUUGGAUAUCCGGAGACUUUGACUGCUGACCACAAGGCUGUGGAAGGAAGUGUUACUAUAGGUCGGGAGGUGUUCACGUUCAGCUUAGAUCCACGUCUAUGUAAAGGUGUUUGUAAGAAGAAGAAGCAGUCAUCGGUAUUAUGGUACACCUACACAUAUCACAUGACAGCUGAUACCAAGGCCACGGGUCUCUGUAUAGAAACAGUGUCCCGAAAUAUGGAAAUUGUGUUGGAUCAUGUGACAGUUCAAGAGAUUGAAUAUUCUGGAAACAUGACCAUGUUGGAGAAGGACAGCCAUUUGGUGACUAAAUCAGUGUUUUUAUCCCAUUGGUCGUCUGUGCAUGCUUCGUGGCAUUUUGAAGAUCCAUCGUCUCCGAUCACAGAAUAUACAUGGGCAGUAGGUACAACCUCUGGAGGAACUCAAUUGCAGGGCUUUAAGAGUGUCCGCAGAAAUGCACACGGAACUCUUUCUGGUCUGAGGCUGUCACACAAACAGAAACUGUUCCUGACCAUCACAGCCAGGAAUGCUGCUGGUCUCACCACUGUCUCCCACCCUGACCCCAUCACUGCCGACAUGACUCCUCCGACGUUUGCACACAUCAAUGAUGGAGAAGGUUCUGAUAUUGACUUCGUAAAGGUUGGAGAUGUGUACGUCAAUUGGAAUGUACAAGACGAAGAGUCACAUAUACAUCAUUGUGAUUGGAGCAUUGGGUCGACAACAGGGGGAAGCGAUAUUAAAACGUUUGAGAUUGUCCAUGAAGGUGAGACUUCAGCAAAGUUUAACUUAGCGGAUAUAUCGACAAGUGUGAGAGUCUUCUCAACAGUCCGAUGUUUCAACAAGGUUGGAUUGAUGGCAACAGCUACUACUGACGGCGUUACUGUCAUGAGGGACACAACAUCGCCUACGACAGCUGUUGUUGAACUUCUGACAGGCUUCUCGCUACCCUCUGUAUCCAGGAUCUGUCAGAGGAGUAAGAGCGUCAAAGUGCAUUGGCGAAGGGAGGAUAUUCAAAAAACUGUGAUCAAAGUUACAGACGAGUCUACCACGUAUCUGGCCAAUGUGGACAAUUCGUUUGAGUUCGUCACAUUCUCUGGCUUGCAUUUCAAGAACAUGACUACAUAUCAUGCAGAGGUGUACCCUGACAGCAUCAUUGGAGCUGAACCAGCCGUUACACGUCUUACCUUCACAUACCAUGAGCAUCCGCCGGCUUUAGCAGACGGUGCUAAACUGAAACUGUCCAGAGAAGGUAAUAAAGCGAUUCUAAAAUGGGCAGGUGUGUUUCUCUCUGACUGGAAUCGGUUUCACUACGAAGUCAGUAUUGGAAGCACAGAAGGUUGCACCGACAUCCUCGAGAGGGUUGUGACGAACGACACACAGAUUGCACUGACGCUUAAAGACCAGGAUAAAGUUGUCUCUGUCCAUGGAACAGUCACUGCCACUGACCCAUGUGGUUAUUUCACUCAUUUUACCCAAACCGUUACCAUCAAGUGAUCUCAUAAAUUACAUGGAUACAAAAUAUCAUGUUUUGAUGUAAUUUCUUUUCAGACGAUUAUCGUGAUUAAAUC